GCCUCCGAUCAACUAGCUCUGCUCGGCUUUACUGCAACGCAAACAUAGCUUUCAGCGCAGCACCGCUCCGCAUAUUGACCACAGCGGUGGACUGCAGCAGUACAAGAAGUUUCGACGAGCGUUGGGCGACUGACGCCAAUUGCACUCUCUCACCCCUGAGAGCAGCCACUUGCAGCAAGAGCAGCGAUGCGAAUCACACUGCUCGCGGCCACGCUGGCCGCCGCGCGGACGCGGCCGACCGCCCUCCGGGCUGCUCUACGCCGCCGCGGCGGCGACGUCGUCGAGACCGCCUCUGCGAGCUGCAAGCUCUCACCGGGACGAGCGGAAGAGCUCGCUUCAUUAAAUGAACGGGAGCACGCGGCGGAGUGUAUCAAAGUAGAGGGCGAAGCUUGGAGUGGAGACCUCGAACCGGAAGGAGAGAUCCCGGCCACGGACAAGUUCGCCAUCCCGGAUUGGUACCUGCCGGACCUCGAUGCGGAACUGCGGAACAACGGAGAUGUGGAAAUACACGUUACACGCACCCCGCUAUUCUCCCAAGAGGAGUGCCAGCACGUGAUUGCGAUGGCGGACGAACACGCGAACAAUGCCGGGGGAUGGGGGAAGAUCCCCGCGGGGCGGUGCGUAUCUCGGCGUCCCGUCGUGUAGAGACGCCUUCACGCCAUCGACGCGACUCGUGUCCAUCAGACGAGGUCGUGGAUGGUUUCUCUUUUGAUAUCGAGCCUCGUCGAGCGACCGCGACGCGCCGCGCAGGUACGACGUCCACGGUGGCUGGGUCAAGGACAUUGUCGGUGUCAAAGAGUGGUUCGACGACAUGUUACGGACGAGGCUGUACCCUUGCUUGAGGGGGUUGUUUCCGAACGCUGCCGGAGACGGUUCUUCACUGAGGGUCCAAUCGGCCUACCUGUUUAAAUAUACGGCCGAGACCGGAGCCGCGACAGAUGUUCAUGUUGAUUCCGGGUUGUUGUCGUUCACAAUAGCAUUGAAUGAACCGGAAGCCUAUGAUGGUGGAGGUACUUGGUUCGAAUCAGUAGACAAACUAGUGGAGAUGCCCCAAGGACACGUGACUUUCAGGCCUGGUCAUGUCCGACAUCAAGGAAGACCGCUCACACGAGGCACGCGCUACAUGAUUGGGGGCUUCAUCAUGAGGGAAGAUGUGGUAGAACAUGGUCGUAGAAGUAUCGAGCGAGGCGUCGCGGCGUUAGGUGGGGCUGUCGCCGAAGCGAACUUCGCGGCGGCGUCGGGCGAGUCCACCGGUGUGCCUCCCGAACAAUUAGCGAUCGAUGCCUUGGAGCACGCUGUGCAAGUGUGUCCUCGCGUCGCGUCGGCGCAGCUGAACUUGGGGACAGCUAGACAACGUAUUGAUGAUGCGGCGGGCGCCGAGGUCUGUUUCCAGGCUGCUUCUACUUUGUCUCCUCGAGACCCCGCGGCGUUUUUUGGGCGGGGCCAGUGCCUCCGGGAAUUGGGGAGGAGGCAGGAGGCCGAGCCGUUGUUUCAGGAGGCCUCUUCCUUAGAUGAGUUGGACGCCGACGCGGCGUACAUGGCCGCUUUAUCCGCUUCUGAAAGAGGAGACUUUGGGUCCGAAUUACGGUGGUUGGAGAGAGCUCUGAAAGCGGACCCGAAGCACGCGAAGUCCCUGGUCAACAGGGCGGUAUUGUACGGCGAAGCCGGCGACUUGGACAACGAACUAGCGUGCAAUCGGAAGGCCGUCGAGGCCAAUCCCCAGUCCGCCCUCGCGGCGAACGCCCUUGCCUCAUGUUUGGGCAUGAGAGGUAUGGUCGACGAGUCGCUCGCGGUCUUCGCGCGGGUCUUGGACGGCGCCGGCUGGGGCGACGCCGAGGAGCUCGCGCGGGCGCAGAAGCUGCAUGGGGUCGUGACGCGCAUGAAGGCGAAGCAGGGGGCUUCUUCCGGGUAAGGAUCGUGCAUCG